AUGAGUGAUUACAUAUGGAAUAAUACAUAUUCCUUAGAGUUUUUAAGUGAAGACUUUUAUGAUUUAAACAUAAGUACAAAAGACAAUGUGUAUGAAAUAAUAAAAAAAAGGAAAGAUGAUAAUGAAAUAGAGAGUUUUAGCAUUAAUAUUAGCAAUCAUAUUUGCAUGUUUGUUCAAUUAAUAGAUAAUUUAUUAGGUAAAAUAAGCUAUAAUAAUCGUGCUAUAAAUAAUAACUUAAAUUAUAAAAAAUUAUCUUAUGUAUUUAAUUUUAUCAAAAAUCAAUUAUAUAAUUGUGAUUAUAGUUUGUUUUUGAGAAUUUAUUCUAUUUAUCACACUUAUAAUCAUAGAAAAAAUGGAUAUUUAGAUGUGAAUAACUUGUAUACAUUUAUAUUGGAUAUAAUAAAUAAAAUUGAAAAUUUAAAUGAAAAUAAUUUUUUAAUAUUACCAGGAGGUUUCUACUUACAAAAAGAAAAAAUGUUAGUUAAAAUUUUAUAUAUAAUACAUAAAAAAAAUAAUUUAUAUAGUUUUUCAGUCUUAAAUAAUUCUAUAUAUGGUAUUCAAUACCAUUCAUUUAAAGUUGAUGAAAUAGAUAAUUUAGGUAUACUACUAAGAGAUGUGGUAUUGUGCAUAAAAAAUAUUACAAAAUCUUAUUUAACCAAUUCUUUAUUUUGGUUAUGUUUAUAUCGUUUAUAUAUUUUUCCAAAUCAUGAUAAUGUUGAUAUUUUAUAUCAAAUAUUACUACCUUAUUUAAAUAAUUCUUUUUUAACUAAUAAUUGGAAUCUUUAUAAUAAUAAAACAAUUAAAAUAUCUAAUCAUAAAGAAACAAAAGAUAUAGGGAAUUGCAUCAAUAAGAAUUUUAAUAACACUUAUAAUGAAGAAUAUACUUAUAAUUUUAAUAUUUAUGAUUCUACAAAAAAUAUAAACAAAGAACAGAACUCAUCGAAUUGUAUGAAUAGUUCAUAUAACUUAAACAAUUUAUAUGAUUUUAAUAAUAAAAAUAACAUAUAUAACUUUAGUAAUAUAGAUAAUUUAAAUACAUUUGAUAGUUUAAAUAAUCUAAAAGAUUUUGAUAAUUUGAAUAAUCUCGAUUGUAAGGAACACACAAGUAAUAAUUAUAAAACACAAAAUGACAUAAAUUAUUUUAAUUCAUUUGAUUUCAAUUCCGUUAAGGAUUGUUAUAAUGAUAAAAAGAACGAUGUUUUUUGCAAUAACAUAAUGGGUAUAAAUAAUGACAAAACAGUGAAUGGUAUACAAGAUAACCAGAAAAAAAAAAUAAAACAUGAAGAUAAUGUAUAUGGAGGUAUAUAUGUUAAUAUAUAUAAGAAUAAGUUUACCUCUUUUUCAAUGAGUUUAUAUUAUUGUAUUAUAUAUAUGCUUAAACUUAUGAAUAUCCAAGAGGAGGAUAUUGAGAUAUUUAAAAUUUAUAUUUAUUAUAGUAUCAUUUUAAAGUUGUGUGAUGAUUUAUUAAAAAUUGACUAUAUGGAAAGAGAGAAAGAUGAAAUAACUAAUUUAAAGCUAGAUAACAAUAAUAAUAGAGGUAAUGUAAUAAAGAAACAACAGUCUUCUAAUAAAAAUGAUACAAAAUAUGAUCUUAAUAAAAUAGAUCAUGUUUUUUUUGUUUUUCUAGAUAUGAGUAUAAGAAAGUUUUGUGUAUUAUUUCAUUUAUAUUUUUGUAAAAUGAAAAUAGGUGUAUAUGAUAUUAAUAAAAUUAUAAAUAAUGAAAUUUUAAAUGAAAUGAUGAAAAAAAUAAUAUUUGUCAAAUAUAUGUAUAAUAAAAUGGAACUAAAAUUAUAUUCUAAUUUAACGCUGAACACAGAUAUAAUAAAACAAAGAAACUACACUAAUUCUAUUAAAUUUCCAAUAUUUAUUAAAUAUGAAGAAGAUCUAUAUAAAAAUUAUAGAAAAAUAGAAAUUAAAAAAGAUAUUAAUAUACCUGUUACUUUUUAUAUUUCAAAAAGGAUCAUAGAGUCAAUUAAUGACUUAUAUAUAAUAUUAUACCAAACCAAUUUAAUUACAACUAUUUUAAUAAAUCAAAAAAGUUAUAUAAAGCAUUGUUAUUUAUUAGCUUUUUCUUUUAUAAGUCACAUAUUAAUAAAUAUAUUACCAUCAACAAAGCAUUUUAUUUAUUUAUCAAAAUACCAAAAAUUAAAAAGGGCUCUACAAAUAGGAAUUUUUAAUGAAAUUUAUCGCUUGUGCAAUAACAUUUAUUUUAUAUCUUGCUCUAUACAUGAAAAUAAGCAAAUAAUAAUGUAUAAAAUUAUUAAUUGUUCUAUUUUAUUAUUUUUAUACGAUUUUCUUUUAAGAAUUCCAUGUGUUGAUAUUUGUUCUCCUUUUUCUAUUCAUUAUAAUGGUUUCACAGCAAAAAAAAAAUAUUUUAUAAAUAAAAAAAAAAUAAAAGGAAAUAAAUAUAAAAAAGGUUAUGGAAAAUUAAUAAUCAAUGAGCAAGGGAUAUAUAGUGAUAAUUGUAGUCAUUCUAAUGAAAAAAAAAAUUGUACUUCAGAUAAAUUAUAUGAUAAAACCAAUCACAUUAAUGAAAAAGUGAAUAGUAACACUUUACAUAACGAUCAAAUACUUCAAGAUAGAAUUAAUGAUCCCUUAAAAAAAUUACCAAAGUUUUCUGUAUGUGACAAAGAUGAUAGCUAUUCAUCAUUGGAUGAAUUAGCUCACGAACCAGAAGAGAAAAUAAAGUUAUCAGGUUAUUGUAUUGAUAUAUCAGUUUUUGAAUGUUUCAGUAAUUUCUUUUUAAUAAUAAACCCCAAAUUAAAUAUAAUGAGGUCAGAUAUUAUUGAAUAUUUUUAUAAAGUCAAUGAACAAAAAAUUACCAAAAAUAGUCAAUUGUUUCUAUUUGAAAAAAGCAAUGAUAUAAAUACAAGUGAAAUUGAAAUAUUAGAAAAUAUAAGUUUAGACUUAGGUUUGGAUAGAAAAAAAAACCAUAUAAUAGAAUAUUAUUGUGGUGAUAAUCAAUUAUUUAGGGAAUUAGUUCCAGAAUUUUAUCAUUUAAGAGAUAUGGUAUUUUUAUUUAAAUCUUUUAUGUGCCCAUAUAUAGAAAAAUUACCUCCAGUUAAAUUAUAUAAAUAUAAUGAUAUUAAUUUACAAUUUUCAUACAAAAAUAAAUUAAGCAUUAGUGUUUUUAAUAAAAAAAUUGAUAUAUGUGGCUAUUUAUGCCCCCCCCAAAAUGUUAAAUUUAAUUUCUUUUCUUUUAUUUAUCAAUUUAUACAAUCACAUGAAAACAAAAAAGACAAUUAUAUCUUAACAUAUUCUAAUCCUAAUAUGUAUACAAAUACUUAUAUUGAAAAUGAAUUAGAUGUUUUAUAUGUAAAUGAUUUGCCUUUUUUUCAUUAUUCUUUAAACUUGAGAGAUGUAGAAAUUUUGCUUCAGUAUUUAACAGUUCCUUAUAUUAGAAUACCAUUGAUUUUAGAAUUUUUUUGCGAUAAAAAUAGGAUAAAAAGUUUUCACUGUUUUGAUAUACAACAGCUAUUAUUGUGUAUUCUAUUUGAGCCUUACAUAUUUAAAAAUAAAUACAAAGUAGUACAAGAGGAUAAUUAUAUUCCUUCAAAAGAUAGAAAUAUAUUUGCAACCAAAUAUGGAUUACUAAUUAAUGAAUUAAUAUAUAGCCCUAAAAAUAUAUUGUGUAGUAUUUAUUCAUAUCUAGAUUUAUUAUUCAGUUUUGAUAAUGAUAAUUGUAAUAGUGAAAAAGUCAUUAUGAUAUUUAUUAUUAUGAUAUGCACAUAUGUCAAUUCUUACAUAAAGUUGCUUGUUGAAACUAAUAAGGAAAUAAGAAAAAAUUUAGUAAAUAUAGAAAAUAUAUUAAUUAAAGAGAAUUUAAUACCAUCAGCAAAAUAUGAUCAUAAUACAAAAAAUAAUAAAAGAGGACAUGAUAACAAAAAAAGGAAAAAAAAAUUAUAUUUUUUAAAUAAACUUAAAAAAAAAUUAAUAAAAAAUGAAUUGUAUUGUUCAGAUAUUGUUUUAUUAAAUCUAGAAAAAUAUUAUAGAAACAUAAAAAAGAAGUUAGAAAAUGAAGUAGUAGAUAUUUUAUUGAAAUAUAUUAAAUUAUCCAUACAAAGGAAUGAUAUAACUACUUCAUGUAUAUAUCAUGGAUGUAUUUUGUUAAUAUAUAGAGACAUUAAAUUCAAAGAAUUAAAUAAAAAUAAUGUUAAAAACAUAUUAUCCUCUAUUUUUUUUAUAUUAACUUAUUAUAAUUUUAGCGCCGAAACAAAUUACUCUGAUUUAAAAUAUAUUUAUGGCUUAGGAUCUUUAUUUGUUAACAAAAAUGAUAAUAUUGAUAAAGAGCCGAUUGAAAAAAAAAAGAAAAAAGAACAGAAAAAAAAUGUUCAUAAUGAAAAUGAUACAUUUUCUUCUUUGAUUAAAACAUUUUCCUUGUGUGAAUGUGAUAUUUUUAUUUCAAUACAUAAACAAAGAAAUAUGUUACUAAAAUACUUAGAAGUAAAUGAAAUUGAAAGAAAUAUUAUCUUUGAGCAUACUAUUCAUAUUUGUGCAUGUGUUCAUGAUAAUAAUAAAAAUAUAUAUAAUAAAAAUUUAAACAAUUAUAACUCCAAUAUUUUCUUAAAUUUUCAAUCUAAUGAAAAUAUAAUAAGAAAAUGGCUUCCUGCUCAUAAAUUUAAACAUAUAGGAAUUUACACUAUUGAAAAUAUAAAUGACGACAAAAGAAAAAUUCAAACAGAAAAUGGAGAUGUAGAUGAUGAACUAGAAAAUAAUUUAAACGACUCAAAUUAUUUUACUUCUACCACUUCAUAUAGUAAUGAUGAUGGUUUUACAUAUACAGAAGAAGAAGAAGAAGAAGAAGAAGAAGUAGAAGUAGAAGUAGAAGAAGAAGAAAAAGAAAAAGAAAAAGAAGAAGAAGAAGGAAAGGGAACAGUUGAUUAUACCAACUUGAAAAUAGAAAAGAAACCUGAUUGUGAAGAAAAAAGAGAAAAAAAAUCUUCUGAAAUGGAGGAAGAGAAAAAUUGUUAUAUAAAAAAUGGUAGUAAUAUCACUUGCACAGAUGAAAUAAAAAAUGAUAAUAAAAUAUUCUUACACACAAAUGCAAAUAUUAAUGAAGAAAUGAAAAAUAAAAAAGUUUCAUCUUCGAAUAUAUUGAAAAAUAAAAAAAUGAGAGAUAUAAAAAAGAAAAAAAAUAGUAGUGAUGGAAUCGUUAGUAAAAUAAGAAGAAAAUUAAAAAAAAAAAAAAAACAUAAAUAUUCAAUAGAAUAUGAAGAUAAUAAUCAAAAAGACCUAAAAAAAAGUAAUCCUCUUCACGACACAGAAUCUAUUAAUUCUAAUUCUAUGAAUCUUUUAAAUUUUCCUGUUUUUUUUAAAAAUAACAAGAAUUCUUUUAUUAGCGAAAAAAAAAAAAAAAAAAAUGAUAGAUCAAAAAAAGAUAGUAUUCUAAAUAAUAAUAAAUACAUAGAAUAUAUAAAAAAGAUUAUUAAAGAGAAAAAUAUUUUAAUAAAUUUACAGUUAUUUACAUUUUCAUAUAAAGAUAACAAUAUUAUUACUCUAAAUGAGAAUAUUAAGAAAUUUAAAAAUUAUAGAGAUGUUUUUUUAUAUAACAAAAACUAUAUUAACACUAAUAAAAGAAAAAAAUUACAUAGAAUAAAAAAAAAUGUUAAAGUUUUAAUUACCCAAUCAUAUCAAAAUUUUUGUGCAUUUAAUAUUAUAGGAAAAAAGCAUAAUUUAGAAAUAUGGAGAAAUUCUAAAAAAAUAACUAUUAAGAACUUAAUGUGCUAUAAAUAUGAUAAGUCAAAAAUAUUUUUCAUUAAGAAUAAUAAUUUUCUAAAUAAUAUAAAAUUUAUUUCUAAUGAAAAUGAUGAAAAUAAUAAUAUUAAUAAUUAUAACGACAAAAAUAUGAAUUCAUUUUAUAAUUUUUUAUCUAAUGAAGUAAAAAAUGGAACACUAUAUGAACAAGAAAAUAACGAUGUAUAUAUAAGAAUCAUAUGGAAAUAUUAUAUUAAUGAAUUAAGUAUGAAUGAAAAUACAAAAGCUAAUAAAAGUAAUAUAGAUGAAAAUAAAAUAAAAGAAAAUAUAUUAGAUAAAAAUGAUGACUUCAAUAAAAAAAAAGAUUAUAAUGAUUUAAAAUCAUUUAACAUAAAUUAUGAAACACAAAAUAUUGAGGGUUUGUUUAACUUUAAAUAUGAAGAAAAUCAAUAUAAUAGUAGUUUAAUUAAUACAACAGAUGAAUCCUCUUUUAGUGAUACAACGAAAGAAAUAUCAAAUGAGAAUAUAGAUGAAAAAAAAAGUGAAAGAUCUACCAAAUCAUAUAGUAGUAUAUCAUCAUCCUAUUUAAGUUUAGAAGAUAAUUCCAAUGUAGGCACACUGAACAAUUCAAAGAGAAAAGAACUUUUAAAUUAUAAAAUGAAUAAAACAAGUGAAAAAAAAUAUAAAGAAAAUAACAAAUUUAAUAAUAAUACAUCAAAAUAUACUACUGAUGAUUUUGAUAAAGAAAAAGAAAAAAAAAAAAAAAAUGGUACCAAAUUGGAGGCAUAUGGAUUAAGAGAAAUAAUAUAUCGUAAAGAUAUUAACUGCAUAUAUAUUUAUGAUAUAUAUUUUUCUGUUAAUAGAUUUAUAAAAAAAUUGUAUUAUUGUAGUGAUGUAAAGAAAAUAUAUUUUUCUACAAACAUAAAUAGAUGUAAAAAUUUAUAUUAUCAUUUUGAAAAUAAUAAUGUACGCCUUUGCUAUUAUAACAAUAAAGAUAUAUAUGAAAAAUAUUAUGUUAAUAUUUGCAGAAAUAUUUAUAAUAAUAUUCAAGUUCAGACAUACCUGAACCCUCAUUAUUUAUCAACUUUUAUUCCGAACAUAUUAUUACAAUAUUACAAUUUUUGGUAUGAUACCAAUAAUAGUUUAAUAGGAGAAAUAAAAAAUAACAAAAAAAAUAAAAAAAAUAAAAAUUCAAUUAUUUAUAUAAAACUUUUUGAGGACAAUGAGGUAUAUAAUGAUCAAUUUAAUAAAAAAAAUAACAACCUAAAUAUUAUGAAAAAUGGAUUAAUAAUAAAUGAAAAGAAAUCAAAAUAUAAUUCUCAAUAUGGUAUUAUUCAAAAACUAGAAAUUUUGAAUACAGCAAAAAACUCUAAAAAAAUAACGUCAUUAAAAAUUAAUGAAGAGUAUAGGGCACUGACAGUUAUCAAUAUUUUAAACUAUGAAAAUAAUGAUAUAUAUAAAGAUUUUUAUAAUAUUUUAAUUAAAUUUGAUCAUAUUACAUAUAUAUUAAUUUAUACAUUAAAUAUACCUUCUUUAUUUGAUAAUAAUUUUUCGUCAUCCUCUAUUGAUAAAAAAAAUCAUUAUGAUUUUAAUAAUACAUGUAUUACAGUUGAUUUAAUUGAAAUUCCUAGAUUGAAUUUAACAAUAAAAAGAAACAAUAUAGAUAUUAAAGUAAAUAAUAAAGAAAAAGUAGAUAAUGAUAAUAAUAAUAAUAACAGUAAUAAAAAAGAUAUAUGUAAAUAUUAUUUUGAAGAAUUAAAUAUGUACUUAUAUCAUGGAAACAUCCAAAAAUAUACAUAUAUUUAUAAUGUUAUAAAAAAAAUGAAUAAUAUUAUUUUAUUACAAAAUAGUAAGAAUGAUUUUUUUUUCUUAGUUUCCUUAUUAAAUAAACCCUUUUUCUUAAAUAUAUCUAAUUUAUAUAAAGAGUUUAAUAAUAAAAAUAUACAUUUGUGUACUUUAUUAGAAAAACACAUUAAUGUGCUAUUAAAAAAUUAUAUGUAUGUAACAAUUUAUUAUCAUAAUUUUAAUAUUAACACAAAUGUAAAUAAAAAUGUUGAUAUAUUUAAUGAAAACAAUAUUCACAAUGAUUCUUGUUCUAUGCAAUAUAUUGUUUUGUCUAUUCACAGUUCCAAGUUAUUUUUAAAUUUUCGAAAUUUGUAUAGCUGCUUUUUUUUCAUUGUUUAUAAAUAUUUAAUUAAAGAUCACGAAGAAGUUAUAGAAUAUUGUAAUAAUUUAAGUAUAUGUAAAGAAGAUAUAAAAGAAAUUAAAUAUUUAUUAAAUAUACUAAAUUAUUGUGACAAUAUUAUAUAUUCAGAUGUAGAUUCCUGCGCUUGCAGAUUAAAAAUAUUCUUAACUUUAUCUAAACAGAUUAAAAUCACUCUACGAAAAAAAAAACAUAGAUUAAAUAAUAAAAAAAAAGUCUGGAAUAUCAACAAUUAUUAUAAUAUCUUUAAUUAUGUAAAAUCAUUAUGGAAUUUAGAUAAAAAUAAUGAAAAUGAAGAAUCAGAUAGUAAUGACAUAUACAAUAGUAAUGAUAAUAAUAAUCUUGAUAAAAAACAUACAUCAAAUAAUAAAAAAAAAAAAGAUUCAAAAAAAAAGGAAACUAAUAGUAGCAAUAGUAGCAGUAGUGAUAGUUGUAGUUACUACUCUUCUUCUAAGAGUUCGUCUUCAUAUGAUAGUAAUGUUUCAUCAGAAAAGGAAAAUAAAAAAAAGGAAUUAAAUGCACAAGAAAAAAUUAAUGAAGAUGAUUCCAAUGCGAAAAAAAAAAAAAAUAAGAAGAAAAAAAAACACAAAAAAAAGGAACAUGAACAUAGUAAUAAAAAGACACAUAUGGAAAACAAAUUGAAAGAGGAUUUAGAUAAUAUUGAAAUUUUUAUUUACUGGGAUAUCCUUAAAGAUAUAUCAUUUUAUAUAAAUAAUUUAAUUUAUAUUAAAGCCAAAUGCAAAUUAACUAUUGAUGAAGAAAUUUUCUUAUAUCAAAAUUGUAAUAUUAAUAUUCAUAAAUAUAAAAUAAUAUAUAAUAGAUUCAUAAUAUUAAAUAGUAUACUGGAAUCGAGAAAAAUAUCUGAAAAUUGUAACCCACUUUUCUUUUAUAAUAUUUUAAAAAUGAAACAAUUAGAAAAUCAAAACAAAAUGAAAAAUUAUAAAAUAGAAUAUAAGAAAAAAAAAAUUUUCGAAAAUAUUGAUCUUACUAAAAAAUUUGAAAUACAGAAAGAAAAUCAAAUAAAUAGCAGCUAUAAAAAUAUUUUAAAUUUCGAAAAAAUAAAAAAGAAUGUCAUAAGUAUGAAAGAUGCUUUGAUUAAUAAAAAAGACAAAAGUAUAAAUGAAGAUUCUAUAGUUGUAUCUAUCAAUGUACCUAAGAUUGAAACAGUAAAAUAUAUUAAUAAUAUAGAUGAAAACAUAUUUAUGAAUAUAAACUUAUAUGAUAGUAUAGGAAACAUAAUAAACAAUAUGAGUUAUAAAAAGUUAGAAGAUAAAAAUAAUGUAGAGGCAUUGAAUUAUUUAAAUGCAUUAAUAAAUAGUUUGGGAAUACAAAAUUUUUUUGUUAUAUAUAAUUAUUUUAUUAAUAAUUUAAAUAUAAAGAUAAUUAAAGGAGAAAACACAUUUUUAUAUGCAAAUCUAUUAGCAAGAUACUUAUAUUUUUAUAAUUAUAAUAUAAGUCAAUAUAGCAAAAUUAUAUAUAUAUUUAUUUUUAUUAUCAAUCACCAAGAAAUAGUAAGUAGAUUACCAAAAUUUGAUGACCAAAAAAUGAAAAAAAAUUAUUUAAAUUUUUUUAAAACGAAUGAUGCUGUUUUUAACUUCUUUAAUGAUAUUUUUAAAUUUGUUCAAAACUUUCAAAAGGAAAAAAAUAAAAGUAUAAGCAAAAGUAUCGUUCCCUUAACUCUGAAUAAUAAUAUUAGUAUUUUUGUUUCAAAUGUAUUUAUGUAUCGUUUAAUAAUUAAUAUUAACGUAGAUGAUUAUCUGUGUGAAAAAAGAAUUAUUUACCCAUUUAAAAUUAAAAAUAAUGUAAAUGUUGACUGUGAAUUAUUAAAUGAAUUAUGUUUUAGUCCGUUCAAAAAACUAUACAAAUAUUUAAGAAAAAUAAAAUAUUGUGAAGGAGAUAGCACACUAAGCAAUAAUAAUAAUCACAUGAUUAAUUGUAAUGAUACUGAUAAUAUUAUUACUAAUAAUGGAAUUGCUGAUUUAGAAAACAAAAAUGUUCACAAUAUGAAUUUUGAAAAUAUUGCAAGAAAUUAUAAUACAAAGAAAAAAAGUAAUAUUUUAAACUUUGAAUUCGAAGAGGAUAAUUUAUAUUGUCAAAAUACAUAUUCAAAAAAUUUUAUAAAAAAUAUGAAAAAUGAUUACAAUAAAUAUAUAGAAUAUGAAAAAAAAAAAGUCGAUUAUGAAUUUAUUGGUUUUAGUUCAAAUGAAAUAAAAAUGACUUUUAGUAACAUUAAAAAAUUAAAAGAAUACGUAAAUAUGUUUGUAAGCAUAAAAGACAUAUUAUUAGAAAUAUUCAUAGGAGACAAUAAAUUACUUGAGUGUAUAAAUGAGUUUAUUGAAGAAUCAGAAAAUAUAAAUAAGAAUUUAGAAUGUAAGGAAAAAACUGAGUAUCAUAAAGAAGACAAUGAAAAAGUUCUUUUAAUAAACAAUAAUCAAGCAAAAGAGCAAAACAUAAGUGAUAUUAAUAAUAAUAACAGUACUAUGAAUUAUUACAAUAAUCAUAUAAACGAUAUAAGUAGUUUAUACGGAAAUAUUUCUAAUAUUAGAGAAAUUCCAUAUAACGAAGAUAAAUAUGAACUUACUAAUUAUUAUUUAUAUAAAUUUGGAAUAUUAGGUAAAGUUGAAAAGGAAAUAAAUUUGAAAAUUUUAAUAAGCUGCUUUAUGUCAAAAUUUGCAUAUGAAUAUUUAAUUAUGAUAAACCCAACCUUAAAAAAGGAGAAUUCUGAGAAAUACAUUAAUAUUGUUUUAUUAUACAUGUUAAUAAUGAAUAGAAAAAUGUUUUUACAUGAUUGUAUUACCAAUGUUAUAAAUAUUUUAAAUAUAUUUAAAAUUUAUAAUUUAAAAUUGAAGAAUUUAAAACAAAAAGAGAAAACGUUGAAAUCCAAUAAUAGCAACACGAAUUUAUUAAACAAAAUUUUAAAUAAACAACAAAAAAUAAUAAAUAAAGCUAUUAAUACAAUUCAGUUAGGAAUAAAAAAAUUAACACAGCUAACAUUAACAGAAAGACAUUACUUUACUAUAAGGAGUAAGAUUACUAACAAAAAAAUUUUAUAUAAAGAUUUACUUUAUAACUCAGAUUCUUCUGAUAUAUCUACAUGUUAUUUUUCAAGUGAUCAGAAUGAAACAAAAAAAUGCAUAAAUUUUGAGAUAGAAAUCAAGAAUGAAAAUGAAAGAAGUAUUAACGUUGAAGACAAAUUAGAUAAGUUUAAUUUUAAGGAAAAAAUUAAAAACGAAAAUUCCUUUUCUUCGAAAGAAGAAAAUUAUUACUAUACCUAUGAUCCACGAUUAUUAAUAUUUGAAUAUACAAACAAUUUAAUUAUCAGAAAAAAACAAGUUAAAAUGAUAAAGAAAUUAAAAAGAGAUUUUUUGAAAAAGAAAAAACAAUACUGCUAUCAAAUAAUAAUGGGAGGAGGAAAAACAACUGUAUUAUCCCCCUUAUAUUUUUUAAUUUUUUCAAAUUAUUUCUUAAUAUUUAACAUGUGCCCCCAGCCAUUGAUUCACUUUACUAUUAAUAUAUUCCGUUCAAGAUUUUCUUCUAUUAUUAAAAAAAAUAUUUUUUAUUUCAAUUUUAGUCGUUAUAAUAAUAUUACAACAGAUUUAUAUAUUAGUUUAUGCAGUGCACUAGAAAAUAAAUAUAUAUUAGUGACUAGUCCAACUUGUAUCAAAUCAUUGUUUUUAAAAUUAGUUUAUACAAUUCAAGAAUUAAAUAAUAUUAAAACGUUUGAUAUUAUAAAACAAAAAGCUAAAACACAUAUCACUGAUGCUUUAACAAAGUUUUUAGGUUUUCAAAAUGAAGACCAUUCUAUGAAUAUAACAAACACAAAUUCUUUAAAAAAAACGAGUACAAGUAUGUCAACAAAAUAUGUAAAAGGAGGGAAUUAUCCUGUAACCAAUUAUAAUUUGUUGAAAAAACAAUUGGAUUUAUCAUUAAGAAUAUUUGAUAUAUUAAAUAAAAGCAUUUUAUUAAUUGAUGAGAUUGAUAAUGUUUUACACCCUUUAAAAAGCGAACUACAUUGGCCAUAUGGAAUAAAUAGAGAUAUAGAUUUAGUUAAUGUAGUACGAAAUUUCACUGAUGUUUUUAUGAAUAACCCUUAUUUAAAAUUUUUAUAUGAUAAGAAAGAUGAAGACGUAGACAUUAAAAAUGUCAAAAUUUCCAUUAUGAAUAACAAUCACACAGAUAACAGCAUGGUAAAUUAUAUAAAGAAAUUAAAAGAAGAAGAAAGAAAAAAAAUUAAAAAUUAUAAUUAUGAUAUUGAUGAUGAAGACAGCUAUAAUAUAGAAAAAAGAAAAAAAAAAAAUUCUUUCGAAAACUUUAAUACUACCUUAACUUCACAAUUAUAUAAAAAAGAAGAAACUGUAGACUAUAAUAAUAAUAAAAUUAUAAUUAAAAACAUAACAAAUAAAAUGUCAGAUAAUUCGUCAGCUAAUGAAUCUUUUUCUCAUAUUGAUUUAAGUUUAUUCAGAUAUAAAUUAAGUUGGCUAUUAAUUGAUUUCUUUUUUUACCCUGUGUGUAAAAAAUUGACCAUACCUAUGAACAUUUCUUUUAAUAUCAAUACAGAUUACAUAGAAAAUUUAUUACAUAAUUUUAACGAAGAAGUACAAAAAGGUUUAAAAAAUCAUGACAUUUCUCUUAUACCUCAUUUUCAUAUUAUUAAUUUUAAAUGGUAUGAUAAUAUUAUAUGGAUAAUAGCAAGAUAUGUUUAUUAUUUUUUGUUAUCAUAUAAAUUUACAGGAUUACCUCAAAAAGUUGCAGAAUCUUAUUUAUGUAUUCCUUUGUGUAUUGGAUAUAACGAUAUAAAUAUAAAAAGCAAAACAAAGGAAAGCAAUUUAAGUCAAUCUACUAUUAGAAGAUUGUUAAAUAUUAAAAAAAUAAAUAAUAAUAAUUAUAAUAUUGAUAUAAAUAACUUAAAUAAAGAGGAACUACAUAUGUUAUCAAAUGAUUAUCAUACAAAGAUUUUUGAGAAAAUUAAUGAAUUAGAUUAUGUAUUUUGUAAAAUGCUAAAUUUAUGCCGUUUAUAUAUAAAUGGAAUACUACCUUUUGUUUUUUCAAAAAUAAAUACAGUUCAUUAUGGUAUUUUAUCAGUAGAACAGAUAAAUAAAUGUAAAAUAUUAUUGAGUAAAAGUAGAUAUUUUUUAGCUGUACCAUAUAUAGGAAAGGAUACCCCUUCAAGUAUGUCAGAAUAUACCAAUGUAGAUGUAGUUGUUUCUUUAACUGUUUUAUCUUAUAGGUAUCAGGGUAUGAGAUAUUUUGAUUUUAUACUUGCUUUAAAAAAUAUUUUAUUUAACUAUUCUUUAGAAAAGGAUUAUCAACAUGUUCAAAGUGAAUCAGAAGAUUUUUCCAUUUGUUCUGAAAAAUCAAAGGAAACAGACAAUGAAAGAAAGCAAAAAAAAGAUUAUUAUAAAACAAAAAAAAAAUCUUCAAGUAUCUCAACAUCAAGUAACGAUAUGACAGAUACUAUGUAUACGAGCACUAGUAUGGAAAGCCAAAGUUCAUUAUCAACCAAUAUGUUAAAAAGUGAUAAAUCUAAUAGUGAUAAUAACUGCACUCAAAUAAGUAUAGAGAAAAAAACUCAAAAUACAAUAAUAGGAACUAAAAAUAAUAUAAAUAAUUCAAAUGAAAAUCAAGGAAUAAAUUAUAUAGAGGAAAUAGAUAAUAAACAUAUUUGUAAUAAAAAAAUUAUUGCAGAAAAAAAAAAGAUAAAUGAUUACAAUGUUGAAAACAUUGAAAAUGACGAAAGUAAAGAGAAAAAAGGGAAACAAAAAAAAAAUAAAGGGAAAAUAAGAGAUAGAAAAAAUGAAAUUAAAAAUAUGUAUUAUCUAUAUAAAGAAAUAAUAGAAACAAGCGGAGCAAAAAUUAAAAGAAUGAAAAAAGAUAUUAAUAAUACUAAUUUCUUUUUAUAUGAUAAUAAUAUAAAAAGGAGAACAGAAAAUAAAAAAAAAAAAAAAGGUGAUUAUGUAGAUAGUAUUGAUAAAAUAAAUUUGAAUGAUAGUGAAACUUUGUAUGAUUUAUAUAAUUUAACACGCAAAAAUCCUUUAUUGAUCAGUUAUUUUUUAUUAAGUAUUAUAUUAGAAAAGUAUAUAAAACAUACAGAAAAACAGUUAUCUUCUAAUUCCCAGGACUUAACUAAUAACAUUUUAUUUAAAUACGUAUUAGGCUAUAGUGGCACAAGUAAUGAUAUAUUACCUGAAGAAAUACACAAGUGUAAAUAUGAAAAGAAAACAGUAGGAUCCAUAUUAAAUAUUAUAAAUGAUACAAAUAUAGUGAAUUUUAUUUUUUUGCCUUCUAAAAUUUCACCUAUUGAAAUAUUGAAAAGUUUAGGUUAUUCUAAAAUUAAGUUUAACAGUUUGAUUGAUUCAGGUUAUUUAAUCAAUAAUAUUUCUCCAAAAAAAGUCGCAUAUUAUAUUUUGCAGUUUCUUGAUUAUAUUGAUUGUUGUAUUUAUAUCGAUAACGGAAAACAUAUGUGUAUGCUACCACUAGAAAAAAAAAGGAAAAAAAAAUAUAAAAAUAAUAAUGAAAAACAUACUAGAUUUUAUGUUUGUGAAAAAGAAAAGAAGAGUGUUAAUGUUAGUGAAAUAAGGAAUAGUGAUGAAAUUUCUUUUGAUAAAGCAAAAAGAUACAAAAAAAAAGCAAAAAGAAAAAAUUCAAAAAGAAAAAAAUAUGACACUAAAAUAGAAAAUUAUUAUAACUUUAAUGUUGAAAUUAUUCCUUUACAGGAUUGUUAUGUUCCUAUUAAAAAAAGAUUUAUAUACUUUGAUCAUAUAAACACAUUUGGGCAAGAUAUAAAGCAAUAUGUAAAUGCAAAUAGUUUAGUUACUGUUAAUAUUGGUAAUGAUAUUUCUUCUUUUAGUCAAGGUGUUUUUCGGUUAAGAUCAAUUGGAAUGAAUCAGAAAAUAUUUUUUUUAAUUCCUUUGUGUCUAGUCAAAUUAAUGAAUAUAAAUACUAACUUAUUUGAAGAUGUUAUUCAUUCGUAUUCUUAUAACAAUAAUUAUACUAUACAACUUAAAAAAAAUGGUAACCACAAAAAUUUAACAUGUAGUGAAGAAUUAGAAAAUAAAAAUAUUUUUAAAAAAUUUAAAAAAGAAAAAAAAAAAUUGAUUGAAGCAUGUAAUAAAAAUUAUAGUGAAGAUAGUCAUACAGAAUCAGAAAAUAAUAAUAAAAUUAUUAGUAGUAGUAAUAGUAGUAGUAGCAGUAAUAGUAAUAGUAAUUAUGAUGAUUUUAAAGAUGAUGAUGAAGGUAGGAAUCAUUUUAUCAUUAAAAAUAAAUCAAUGGGAAAAAAAUGUAAAAAUUAUAAUUUAAGUGAUGAAAAUGAAUAUGUACAUUUAAUCGAUUGUUAUAAUAGUAUAUAUUUAGAUGAAAAUACAAAGGAGAAUGUACUAAAAGAAUUAACACAUUAUCUAAUUUUGAAUAAUAUAAACAAUAAUAUAAAACAGUGUGAACUUCUAUGUUUGCAUGGUGUUGUAAAUAUUAUUAAAAAAAAAAGUAUUAAAACAUUAAUUGACAAUUAUAUAAAUAUUGGUGUUUUAAAUUAUAAAGAUUAUUUAGAUAUAUUUAAUACGAGUAUAGAUUUUGAUAUUCAAACACAAGUCCCAUCAAAAAAUAACUCUCUUGUAUGCAUUGUUCAGCUAAUAGAAAAAUUUCAAAACAUUUUUAAUGAGGAAGAUGAAUUAUUUCUACAAAAUAUAUUAUAUCGUUAUUUUUGUUUACAUUAUGAUUUUUCUAAUAAAACAAUUUUUAUGUACUUUGAUGCCUUUUUUCCUCGGAAGGAUUUUACGAAAAGUAAUUUUUCUCAAAUUAUAUUAGAUCUUUUUGAAAAGCUAAAAAAAAUUAAAAAAGAUAACACUUUUACAAAUAAAAAUUUUUUUACAAAUGCUGAUGAUGAUAAUACUAUUGAAGAUCACUUGUUCAGUUUAGAAAAUGAACAAGAGAAAGAAAAAGAAAAGGAGAAAGAAAAAGAAAAGGAGAAAGAAAAAGAAAAGGAAAAAGAAAAAGAGAAAGAAAAAGAAGAAGAAAAAAUUCCGGAAGAUCAAAAAAAAAAAAAUGUAAAAUAUAAAAAAGACGAAUAUAAAUUAUAUAGAUGGACUAUUGAUGAUAUAAAUACAGAUUUAUUUGGUGCAAAAAAAAAAAUAAAUGAAAAAAAUGAAGAUUUAAAUAAAGCUAUUACAUUAAUAAAUAAUAAAAUAACUAACACGAUUAUGAAAAUGAAAGAUGAUCCAUUAUUUAUUCCGUUGAAUAAAGUGUGUGUCAAUGAUGUUUAUUUAAAUUUUCCUUCUUAUGUUUAUGUAUCAAAAAAUUUUAUUAAUUCGGAAAAAAUUAAUACAAAAAAAGUUAAGAAAUUAAAAAAUGUUUUAGUUGUGUUAGAAUGCGUUUACAAUGCAGAUAAUGUAAAUUUUUAUGAAAAUAACAAUUAUGAUUUGCAUUCAGAAAAAGAAAUUUUAAAAAAUAUUUGGAAUAUACUAAAGGAAAACAACGUGGAAGAAAUACUAAGUAUCUUAGACAUAAAUCCCUUUAAAUAUUCUUAUGAUUUAGCGAAAAUUAUAGAUGAUUAUAUAGAUAAAAAUAAGAAUAAAAACACAAGCUUUGACAGUUUUACAAACAUAUUAAAUAAUUUAGAAUUGUAUUUUAGUAAUAAAAAUAAAAAAUAUAUUAUUGUUAAUUUGCAAGAAGCAGAAACAUUAAGGUAUUAUAUUCAUAAAAGAUAUAAUAGUGAAAUAAUGAAUACCUUUUCAAAUGGAACAAUUUCAUAUACCAAGGAAAAUAAGAUAAAUAAUUAUUUAAAUAAAAAUUUAAUAAAAAUAGAUUAUAAUUUAAAUAAAAGCAAUACCGAUACAAAUUAUUUGAAUUACCAGAAUAACUUAUACAAUAUAGCUCCUUUUAAUGGAAAUAAAUCAAACAGUAACCUAAAUAAUAACUUAAAUAUAUUUGAUAUUUUUGAUCAAAAUAAUUUAAAAAAGAAUAGUCAAGUAAACAACUUAAAUGAUGAAAUAGAUUGUUAUAUAAAAGAAGAAAUAUCACAAAGGAAUGUAUUAAAUGAUGGUUGGGAGUUGAAUGAUAAUAUUCCAAAUAUUACUUUAGAAUUUGAUGAUUCUAAAACGGAUGAAAUUAAUACUUUUAAUUUGAAUGAAAUAGAAAUAGAAAUAGAAAAAGAAAAAGAAAAAGAAAAAAAUAGAACUGCUCAGUUAAUGGAAUACAAUGAAUUAAAUAGUAUUAAUAUUAAAAAUACCAAAUUAGAUUUAUGUGAAAAAAAAAAAAUAGAAAAUUAUGAAAAAAGUGAAAACAAACAGGAUAUUAAUUUAUUUUCUGAUAUGAAUAUAAAUAUAUAUAAUUACCAUUUUUGGUUUACUCCUAUUGAAAUUACUGACAAUAAUAAUUUAAGAAAAUACUUAUCUAGGCAAAUACAAAUUGUUUACAGCGUUUGUAAAUUUUUUAAUUCGGAUAGAAAAUUUAUUGAUGCGCACGUUAAUUUGCUUUUGCAAUAUUUGAAUUUUAAUUCACCUAAAGAUAGAUUUAAUUUCUUUAAUGAAUUAUAUUUAUUAAGAAGAAUUAUAAAAGAAAAUUUAAAUAAAAGCUAUAAGAGCAUGGAAAAAAAUGUUAUUAUUCCUAAAAAAAUUGAAUUAGAAAUAGUAGAAAAAAAGCUUUUUGAAGGAAAUGGUGACAUUUAUGCAUUUAAAGUUAUGCAGCAAAGAGUAAGACAAAGCUUAAAAAAAAAACAGUUAACUAUACAAGAAAUUUUUGAUAAAGAUUUAGAUUACAUAUGUAGCAUGCAAGAUAUUAAAAUUCUCUUUGAUUAUUUAGAUUUGUAUGAUAAAAAUUUAGUGAAGGUACUCUUUGAUAUUUUAGGAGUAAACAUUACUCUUCAAGAAUUAUGUUUUUCACUAAAUCCAUUAGAAAGCAUCAAAAAAUCAGAAUUUCAGAAAGAUUUAGGUAUUGAUGAUAAAAAAAAUUAUGUAGAUGAUUUUAUAAAAAAUUUGGGAAAGUGCUUGAAAAAUUUCAAAUUUUCAACAACUGAUCAUUCUCAUUUUAAAUUAGUAUGGUCAGGUAAAAUAACAAACCAAAGAAUUAUUCAAGAGGUAACAGAUAAGGAAACAAAUUUUAUAAAUAAUGAAAAAAGAGCAUCUACAGAGAAUUAUGACCAUCAUCAUAAAAAUAUUAAUGAACAAGAAAUUUUAAAAAGAUCUUCAGCAAACGAUUUACUAAAUGACAUAUUUGGAUUUAACAAAUCAUACAAGAAUGAGUCAAACAAUUUGCAUGAAAAUAUAAAUCAACCAUUAAAUAAUUCAGAUCAGUUUUAUAUAUAUGAAGCGGAAAAUAUUGAACCAAAAGAUAGGGGAAUGAUGAGUAAAAAUAAACAUAAAAUUAUUACUGGUCAUUAUGCUUCAAAUAAAGUAUAUGAAAAUACUUUUCCAAUACUUGAAAUGACAGAUAUAUCUAUAAAUAGUAUUUAUACAAGUACUUCAGCACAGGAAAUUCUUAACAUUUUUUUUCCAUAUCCAAAAAAAUAUCUCUUAUUAUGGCAUGAAGAUUAUUCUAUUAAGAAUGCAGAUGAAUGUCUUCAUAUAUGGAAGCCUGUUUUGUCAUCUUUUAAUUCAUCUAAUACUGUUUUCCUAGGAUUUAUAACAACAGUGGGUCCACAAAAACCACCUUUGAAUAAAAUAAGAGCUGUACCAAAAGCUUUAAUUAAAAUUGUACAAAAUAAAAAGUACUCAACAUUUUAUUUUGACAAUAGCUUUUGUAUUGAUAAUUCAGGAAUUUUUAAUUCUUUAAAUAUACAUUUUUUCAAUGGAUUAGACAAUAUGAAUUAUGAAGAAUUAUUAUUUAAAAAUUUCUCUUUAAAUGUUAUUCCAAAAAUUAAAAAAAUAAAAUCAAUUAAUGAAGACAUUUUUAAUUUAUGGGGAGAUGAAAAGCAACAUGUUACUCAAGAUGAUAAUGAAUCAUCAUCUGAAUGGGAAAUAAUACCUCAAAGUUUUUAA